GUGGCUACUCUUCAAAAUCCAUCCUUCGCGUCUUCGACUCUUCCUAUCCUCUCGUCCUGCCUACGUCUGUAAGAAAAACGCGCAACGCUUUCUGUGGGCUACAUCAGCUCAACGUAUUCGCUCUUGCUGGCCUAGUACUUCUGCUUGCUGUGACUAAGACCCCCGCGUGCUCGUCAAAUCACUCCUUGUCCUUGACCCUCCAAAAUGGCCUCCUUCGAAGAUUACGAUGAAUUUGGAAACUACAUUGGUGCUGAUCUUGAGUCAGACGAGGAAGAAGAGGAGCAGAACCAGUUCGUGCCCCAGCCACAGGUUCAGCCUUUGGAGGGUUUCGAAGAGGAGCCCGCUGCGAAUGAUGAGAUGGCCCUCAUGGAAGUAGACGAGCCCGUACAUAACGCAGUUGUAUUGCAUGAAGACAAGCAGUACUAUCCGUCUGCGUCCCAAGUGUACGGAGAGGAGGUCGAGACGCUAGUUCAGGAGGAGGACGCGCAACCCCUUACGGAACCCAUUGUUGCUCCAGUGAAGGUGCGGAAAUGGACUGUGGAGGAAAAGGACAUGCCGGAGACGCGGUUCGACAAGGGCUUCUUGUUGAACAUGAUGGCACUUCCUGAGUUCGUACGAAACGUCGCGGUCGUCGGGCACCUUCAUCACGGCAAAACAGCCCUCAUGGACAUGCUCGUCUUCGAAACUCACAAGCUGACAUGGGAUUCUGACCACCCGACCCGUUACACUGACACCCACAUCCUGUCCCGCGACCGCGCGAUCUCCAUAAAGUCUUGUCCCAUGUCCCUAAUUCUCCAGAACAGCUAUGGAAAAUCGCACCUCGUCCAUCUGAUCGACACUCCUGGCCACGUCAACUUUGUUGAUGAGGUAGCCAGCGCCAUUCGGUUGGUAGAUGGUAUCCUCCUUGUGGUCGACGUCGUGGAGGGGGUGAUGUGCAACACAGAGGCGAUCAUCCGCCACGCGCUCCAAGAAGGUGUCAAAAUCACUCUUGUUGUAAACAAGAUUGACCGACUGAUUCUUGAGCUGCGCAUCAAGCCGGCUGACGCCUACUAUAAAAUCAAGCAUACUAUUGAGGAGGUCAACACAUUCAUCAGUGGCAUCAACCCCGAUCCAGAUUUGAGACUCAGCCCAGAAAAUGGUAACGUCGCGUUCGCGAGCACUGAUAUGCAUUGGUGCUUCACCCUGCGUUCCUUCGCGCAAAUGUAUGCGGAUACUUACGGCUCUGUGGACGUCAAUGCUUUCGCUGACCGACUAUGGGGCGAUAUCUACUACAAUCGCGAGAACCGGAAAUUCACGCGGAAACCCGCAGAUCCAGAGACCAAUCGCUCCUUCGUGCAUUUCAUCCUCGAGCCGCUAUACAAGCUCUACAGCCAAGUGCUCAGCGAGGAAACUGAACCCCUCAAGGAGACUCUGGCGAGCCUGGGCAUCCAGCUUAAGCCGAUCAUGUAUAAGAUGGACGUGCGGCCUCUGCUGAAGGUUAUCCUCGACCAGUUCUUCGGCCCAUCCGUUGGGCUGGUAGAUGUGAUAUCUGAGCACAUCCCAUCACCAUUGGAGGCGACUCGUACCAAGGUCGAGAGGACGUAUCUAGGACCCAUGUCGUCGGAGCUCGCGCAGACCAUGCAGGAGUGCAAUCCGGAGGGACCCGUCAUGGUACAGAUCGCCAAGCUACACCACACCACUGACGCGCAGACCUUCCGCGCCUUUGGUCGUGUCAUCAGCGGGACUGUUAGGAAGGGCAUGGACGUCAAGGUGCUCGGAGAGGGCUACUCACCAGAGGACGAGGAAGACAUGGCCAAGGCUGUCGUUGAGGACAUCUGGAUCAGCGAAGCCCGGUAUUUCAUUCCCGCAGAGGAAGCACCAGCAGGGAACCUGGUUUUGCUCGGUGGCGUUGACGCGUCCAUCUUCAAGACGGCAACGAUAGCUGGCGUCGACAUUGAAGACGACCUGCACAUCUUCCGUCCGGUCAAGCACAUGACGCAGUCGGUGCUCAAGAUUGCUAUUGAACCCAUCGCUCCCUCUGAGCUGCCGAAGAUGCUCUCUGGUCUCCGAAGUAUCAAUAAAUCGUAUCCUCUCGUUACGACCAAAGUCGAGGAGAGUGGCGAGCACGUCGUGAUUGGCACGGGCGAAUUGUAUCUCGACUGCGUCAUGCAUGAUCUGAGGAGACUCUUCUCCGAGAUCGAGAUCAAAGUGUCGGAUCCGGUUACGAAGUUUGCGGAGACAGUGCUCGAGACAAGUGCACUCAAGUGUUAUGCCGAUACGCCCAACAAAAAGAACCGUCUCACAAUGAUUGCGGAGCCGCUGGAGCGUGGAAUUGCGGAGGACAUCGAGACUGGGCGAGUGAACAUGCGCAUGACGGCGAAGGAGCGCGGCAAGUUCUUCGAGGAGAAGUACCAGUGGGACCUGCUCGCUUCACGGUCAAUAUGGGCGUUCGGCCCAGACGACAGCGGGCCAAACAUCUUGCUCGACGACACGCUUCCAUCGCAGGUGGACAAGAAGCUUCUCGGCACUGUCAAGGAGCACAUCAAGCAGGGCUUCCAGUGGGGUACCCGUGAAGGGCCUCUGUGCGAUGAACCGAUGCGCAAUGUCAAGUUCCGAAUACUCGAUGCUAGCUUAGCGCAGGAGCCAAUUUACCGUGGUGGAGGUCAGAUCGUCCCGACUGCCCGUCGCGUCUGCUACUCUUCAUUCUUGAUGGCAACUCCCCGGUUGAUGGAGCCUAUAUACUAUGUGGAGGUGCAGGCUCCCGCUGACUGUAUAUCUGCGGUGUACACUGUGCUUGCGCGACGCCGCGGUCACGUUACUCAGGAUAUCCCCAAGGCUGGGUCGCCUCUCUACACCGUCAAGGCCCUCAUCCCCGUCAUCGACGCGAACGGCUUUGAGACAGACCUGCGCACAGCAACACAGGGUCAGGCGUUCUGCCUGCAGGUGUUCGACCACUGGUCUAUAGUGCCGGGUGAUCCUACUGACACGAGUAUCAAGCUCCGCCCACUGGAGCCGGCGUCCGGACAGGCACUCGCACGGGACCUUGUGUUGAAGACGAGGCGACGGAAGGGCCUGGGAGACCAGAUCUCAGUUUCGAAGUACUUGGACGACGAAUUCAUCCUUGCGCUAUCGGCGUCGGGGCACGCAGACCUGCUCGGGUAGUGUACGUUUCGCAUGUAUGUAUGUAGAGUGCUAUGAAGCUG